AUGUACUUCUGGUCACGGAACCCUGAGAAUAAAGGAUCCGAACCUCAUGGACUACAUAAUGGACACUUUAAGGCGGCUAUCCAGUCUCCAUCUAUAGCGUACUGUGAUGCCCUCUUCCGGAACAUUCCUCUCACCACAGGGUUUGUUCCUCUUCAAUGGCAAAACCUGAUGAACUUUGCCAUUGAAAAGAAGCCAGGAGACUUCCGCCUAUCUAAAAUGCGCACCAUCCAGCUGAUGAAUUCCGAGGCCCAGGCAAACAAUAAGAAGGCAGGCCGUGCAGCCAUGCAAUUUGCCAAAGCGCACUCCUUGAUACCCGACGGGCAAUGCGGCUCACGCAAACGUCAUCAAGCAAUUGACCUGGCCUUGUCUAAACAAUUAGUGUGGGAUCUACUGAUCCUUCAACGCCGCGCAGCGGGGUGGAUCUCGAAUGAUGCCAAGUCCUGCUUUGACCGUGUUGUCCACUGGGUGGCCAUCGUCACAAUGUUGCUGUUUGGCUUGACAUGGCAUGUCCUAUCAUCAAUGUUCAACAUGCUCUCCUCCGCUACCCGCCGUGUUUGCACAGGUUUUGGUGACUCCAAGAGAAGCUUUCGCCCUCCGUCAGCGGUGCCAUUCCAAGGUUGUUGGCAAGGGAAUGGUGCCAGACCCCCCAUUUGCAUCUCGGUGAGCUCAGUGUUAAUCACAAUGAUGGAAGCAAUGGGCUAUGGAUUUGAGGGUCUUUCGGCGUUAGAGUCACAACUAGUGACAGCCCAAUGUUUCUGUUUUGUUGACAAUACGGACGUGAUUGAAGCAGGUGACACAGUCCAUCACUCUGGGGAGGAUAUUUGCGCCUCAGUCCAGGCUGCUGCCACCUUGUGGUCGGGGGGAAUUCGGGCAACAGGUGGUGCAAUCAAUCCGGAGAAGUCCUUCUGGUGGCUUAUUGACUUUGAAUGGGAUGCUCGCAAUGGUCAGUGGAGAUUCUGUAGGAAAUGCUCCGCGGCACCGGAAUUCGACCUUAAGAUACCGGGGUUAUACGGUGACAUUGAACCCCUUCGUCGCCUUGAACCAGAUGAUUCCGAACGUACUCUGGGGGUGAUGUUGUCGCCACUGGAAAAUCACAACGCACAGGAGGCACAGUUGGUCUCUAAAGCUAAAGCGUGGGCCAAACAGCUUUGGCCUCACCUGCUACACAAGUACGACGUGUUACCCUUAAUCCGGACCACAAUCCUGAAGAAGCUUGAAUAUCCUAUGGCACUCACUACCCUCAACGCUCAACAAUGGCAGGACAUUAUGUCACCGGUUCUCCAGGUGUGCUUACUUAAGUCAGGUGUUUGCCGCAACUUUCCCCGUUCUGUGGUCUUUGCCCUGGUGGAUUAUCAAGGCCUUGGUGUUCCUCACCCCUUUGGCAAGCAAGUUUACAAACACUUGGAGAUGAUCCUGCGCCAUAUGUCGGGGGGCACAAAGACUGGAGCCUACAUGGACGCCAAUCUCCAGGCUCACCAGCUGGAAACCGGUUCCUCUACAACUUCUCGGCGCUAUGCUCCAUCUGGCAGUCACAGUGGGACGGAUAGCCUACAACGACCAAGUUCUUGGUGGACUUGCCCUUUGCCUUCUGACGUCCUGCGUGCCACAGUGAGGCCCCUCUCCGGUAGCGACUGGGUGCUCCUCACUGGUACAGGUCUCCCAACCUUGCCUCCCUCUGACCCUACCCCCUCCAUCCUCAACGCCUGGCAAACCUCUGCCGACCUCUGCACAGACUACUAUGGGUGGGUCCCUGAUGAGAUUGAGGUACAUGGUGAUGAGGCUGCCUUGGCCGAUGCCCUGAUCCAGGGCCGCCUCAGAAUCAUCAGCGAUGGGUCAUACAAAAAUGACCUGGCAACUGCUGCUGUUCAGCUCCUUCCCAAAGGGGGAACUGCUUGCAUUGUCAUCCGUUGUCAAACUCCAGGCCUACCUCAGGAUCAGAGUGCCUAUCGUAGCGAGUUGAUUGGCCUUCUGGCUGGGAUUAUGGCGGUCGACUGGCUCCUCCAACAAUGGUUCCCAGCCCUUAGCCAGCGGCCGGGUGUCAAGAUCGCCUGCGACGGCCUUUCGGCCAUUGAAAUGGCCUUUGAAGAUCGACCCCUUUCACCCACUGAUGCACAAUUUGACCUGAUCUCUUCCAUCCGGGAAGCUAUAUCUCGGUCUCCGGUGUCUUGGUCUCCACGGCAUGUCUAUGGACAUCUGCACAAGUCCAACUUAUUUGAUGAACUCACUUGGUGGGAAAAGAAAAACCUGGAGGUAGAUGGCAUGGCAGUGGAUUUCCGCAAGGAACUAGAGGCCGCCCACCAACUUAUCCCCCCAAUCCUCGGUUCUUCACGGAACUGGCAGCUCUUUUUGUGGCUGACACAAAGCAGUCUUGGCUGA